AGCGCGCGGGCGGCAGUGUGGUGCGCGGGGCUGGUGCGCUCCUUCGCUCCUCUCGCAUCGAGCCUCCGCCGGCGCGGAGCAGCACGACUACCCCCGCGCUCCCCCCCGGCUCCGCGCAGACAUGGCCAGCGGGGGACUACAGCUUAUGGGCUUCGUGCUGGCCUUCCUGGGCUGGAUCGGCAUCAUCAUCAGCACUGCCAUGCCCCAGUGGAAGAUGGCAUCCUACGCGGGGGACAACAUCGUCACGGCCCAGGCGCUCUAUGAGGGGCUGUGGAUGUCGUGCGCCAUGCAGAGCACUGGGCAGAUCCAGUGCAAGGUGUACGACUCGCUGCUCAAGCUGGAAGGCAGUCUGCAGGCCACUCGGGCUUUGAUGGUGUCCGCAAUACUCGUGGGCCUCGUUGCUAUUUUCAUUGCUGUGAUUGGCAUGAAAUGCAUGAAGUGCAUGGAAGAUGACCAGGUGAAGAAGAUGCGCAUGGCUGUCUUUGGUGGGGUGGUCUUCAUCAUUGCAGGUUUGGCAGCACUGGUAGCCACGUCGUGGUACGGCAACAGAGUGGCUCGGGCCUUUUAUGACCCUUACACCCCCGUCAACAGCAGGUUUGAGUUUGGAUCAGCCCUCUUCGUAGGAUGGGCAGCUGCUUCCCUGGCUAUAUUGGGUGGAGCAUUUCUGUGCUGCUCUUGUCCAAGGAGAGAAACUUCAUAUCCACCCAGCCGAGGCUAUCCAAAGAAUGCCCCCUCCACAGGGAAGGAUUAUGUAUAAUGAAACAAAGAAGAGGAGCCACCAGCACUGGUAGUGAAAGCAUUUUGGAGAGGACACUACAAUGCCACUGUCCUGAGCAGAGUUCAGACUUUAGGUUCUGCCUUACUCUUCUCCCAAAAAUGUGUAUAUUUUUGUAAUCUUCUUUGAUACUGGACGUAACUUCUCCUUUCUCUCCCAGCCCAUGGAGGAAGGCUAGCCUAGAUUCAUAGGAAUUGCCACUGGAAAGAUGAAACCUCCAAGCUUGGGUUAAGUUUAGUAUUAGGGAGUAAAAGGGAAAAACGAUACUGUUUUUUUAGAUGGAUGUUGGUGCUUUUUUUAGUUGUGUUUUUUAUUAAACAAGAUAGAUGGUAACAAUUCAGUCCCAUAUUCCAUUAAGUUAGAGCCCAGUGUGGUGUGUGUAGAAAUUAAAGAAACAUAUAUUACAUACAAAUUGAUUAAAUGAAUAGCUUAAGGGGAAACAUAAUUUUAGGGAAGAGACUUUGCAUGUAAGAAUGUUUGAAGAGAUCUGAAAUGCUGUUGUACUGUCUUAUUGGCAUGAUCUUCAGCACCUGCCUUUCUGUGCAUAUUGGCAUGACAAAGGGUCAGGCACAAUUAAAUUGCUGACUUGCAAAUUGAAACCUGUAACUGUCUGUGCAUUUGCUGUUGGCCAACAGAAGGUGCAGUGUAAGGUGGCUUGGCUUAACUGUAUGUCAUCAUUCUUUUGACAAGAUCGAAGUUGAUUGUGUCUGAGCCAAAGGCUGCAAAAUUGUGACUACAGAGGUUAGCAGACUACCUAAGCAGCUGCAGGUUUCCCUGAUGAUGGGGAAGAGCUAGCUAAAGAACAACAGUUGCCUUCUGUUUUUGCUGGAUAUAUCUGGUGGGGCUGGUGCUGCUGUUCCUUAAACACUGAGUGCUGCUGGUGAUUUUCUCCAUGUUCCUAUCCUAGUGCACUCUCGAAGCUUCAUCCCUUUGUGUAUGUUACUGGCCACUUCUUAACAAACUCCAGUUUCCUUGAGUCUUUCUCAUUCAGGUUUAGUUACUGAUCUGAGUUUGGCUUAUGCAGCUAAAUGUGUUAAACCAAAUUGAAUGCACUGCCGCUCCCUGAUGUUUCCCCAAGGAUACCUCAAAUGCUGCCAUUUGAUCCUGUCUCUUUUCUUGUAAACACUUUCAGUGAUGAUAUGAAGGCAAAUUCCAAGGAAAUUGACCCAAAGGUUAUGGAAUUUUAUUUUAAUCCCAGCUCACCAAAGAGGAGGAAACUAGCAUUUUAAAGAUAAAGCCAUCCUUGCUUAUUAAGUUAUAUCUAAAAAAAAAAAUGACGCAGCUCAUCAAAGGUUCCCGACCCUUCCUCCGAAACACCCAGUCAGUCACUUGGUGUUUGCAUAAUACUGUCUGAAGUUGUCCAGAAUUAAGCCUUGCAGUUCCUAGAAGGAUGGUACCAGUUCUCCAAAGCUCAAUCUUGCCUUUUCUACAGAAGGAAACUGGUUGCUUCUGACCAGGCUUUAUGAUUGUAUAUGUGUUCAGAGGCAUCAGAUUUCUUGAUUUCCUUCUGGGGACAGGGAGAGCCUCUGGGGCUGAGUGAUGUACAGUCAUGACAUUGGUGGUUUGUAUAAGCCUUGUACCUCUGUUUGACCUGACUCUCUGCAAAGUAAAUCCAAGUUACUAAAAGAAACCAGAGCAUUUGCUUCGGGCUUGAGUUGAUGUUGGCCUGUACUUGGAGCUGGAUCAUGUGGCUUCCACUUCUCCAUGGGGAAUUGCUUGUGCACGGCAGCUGCCUUAUGAGACCUCAUCUUAGGAGGUGGCAGCGCAGGUCACAUUAAGGAGCUACUGAAGUCUGGUUUUGUAUUUGCAUUAACCCUGAGCCAGGGAGCAGAUGCUUGUACUGGGAACUUGUAUAAAGUGUUUAAACAAUUUCAAUAAAUGGACUUUUUUAAGGAAAA